AUGGCCCCCUCACAGCGCUGGAAAGCAAGGGCCAAGCUACCAGUCGCGGUGGUCCCCGAAAAAGAGGCUGAAACAGCAAGAAGACAGACCAAGAAGGUCGACAUCGCACAACGAGUCAAGCCGUUGCCAGACUUGACACCCCUGCAAAGAGCUAUUGAAUGCCGCACCACCACACAAGCCGCUGAAGACAUGACCCGCGAGCAAUUCAACUUCCUAGCUUUCUGGCGCUCAUACAUGAAUGACGGCAUGUCUCCCUUGGAAAGUACCAAAGCUUGUCUUGGAUUGCUCGAUACCGCCGUGACGCUCGACGAUAUCUACGAUCUCACCUUUAUCCUGCGCAACAAGGGCAGUGUGGAAUGUGCAAAGACUGGCCGACAGCUGGUCAGCCUAUGUGCUGAGCUCGGUCAUGCCGAGGCCACCAUUCAAGUCGUCGGCUCUGCUUUGCGCCAGGAUGCGACAAAACCUGGUAUAAUGGCAUCUCGCACAGCCCUCAAGGCACUGGACCGUCUACGCGAGGUUGCGAGCACUGGCAAUGUGCGCGCCCUAGUCAUGGAGGCCAAUGUAGCCCGCCAUGCCCGUCAAGUCAAUCGAGCAGCCACUCUAUACCAAAAAGCUCUCGACCUGAUGGCGACAAACGACGACGUACAGCCAGACGACAAGUACAGCAAGAUCAAAGACGAGCUCUCAUCUCCGUGGAUCGAGCUGGCCUAUCUCUACCAUACCCAGGGCAAGAAUAUCGAAGCCUUGAAAGCCUACCAAGCAGGCACAGAGAAAGAUGAUCCAAUGGCCUACUUCAACCUCGCCCGUCUCGAUCUUUUCAUGGCCCACAACCAGCACACUCACGACUGGCUCUACAACAUCACAAAAGCCGCCGCCAGCGGCUACUACAAAGCCGCCCACGAACUAGGCGAAUACUACGCAAACUCGGCCACUAACCCCUCGAUACCACAACAAUCCUUUCUCGAAAAGCUCUCCGGCUUUAGCGCCUUCCUCUACAAGCAGAACGUCAAUCUGAAUCCAAAAGCAAACAUAGCGCACCACGAUGCAUUUGCAAGCACCCCCGAACUGCGCAUCAAACUCGCUCACCAAUGGCUGUUGACAGCUAGCAAAAACUAUUACUUGCCAGCAGACAUCACGCUGGCCGAACUAUACCUGCAAAAAUUCAUCUAUCCCGAAGGAACACUUUCGAAACCUUUAGACCCAUACGGCCACAGCACAGAUGAAGACCGCAUCGACAAUCCUCUAUACAGCCCUGACAAAGCACAAGUCAUGUUGACCCAGGUGCUAACAGGAUGCCUCAAGAUUGCAGAAGCAAAGGGCAUUAGCACGACCAAUGCCGAGUACCUCCACCUGGCGCGACCUUGGAGUCUGCACGCCGAAGUACUCGAAGCAGUGGAGGGCGACGAGGUUCUACAACAAUUGAAAGACAGUGCGGAGAUGAUAGCAGAUGCGGCUGGUAUUGACAUUUACAGUUCUGCAGAACUACCAGACGGUAUUCCUCAUCUGGGCUUCUUGAGAUACCACAAAGGCACACGAGGUGAGGGUCUUAAGGAAAAAGAGGAGGAGGAAUAA